AUGAGACUUUAUGAAGCUCCACCAUUACCGCCAUAUUCAGAAGAGAAAUGUACGAAUGAGCUAGAUAGAAUACUCAAGACAUCAUCAAAAGUAGCUGUUUUAUUAAAGGGCAUCCAAACACUCAACAAACAUGCCUUGUCUCGAGGAAUCACAUGUAGACCUUGUAUGGGUACCAAUCAAGAGUCUCGCAUGGGAUACUACGAUAGCCGGUACAAAAGAGUUGUGCUAUGCUGCGAUCAUAUCAAAUCCAGAGACGACUUGGAAGACACUCUUGUGCAUGAAUUGACACAUGCAUUUGAUUCUCUGCGGAAGGGCAAAUUCAAGAGCAUUUGCCAUCUUGUAGCAUGCGGUGAAAUUAGGGCGAGUGCAUUAGGGCAAUGCGCCGAUAUUACACCUGAAAAGAAGAAAAACCAAUGCAUUUGGAAUGAUGCUGUAAGAUCGACCGAGAUCCAUUGUGGAGUAGAAAGAGCUGAAAAGGCAGUGAAGGAAGUGUUUCAAAACUGUGUUCACGAUGAGACACCAUUUCAAUAA